CAUUGCACCACCCCGGCUGAGUGACCUUCUUGUAGAAACACUUUUAGUUCCACCGUCACUGUAUCUUUAGUGCGUGGUUACAAGAGAAGGCCACAAUGGCAUCCGAUACCCUUGUCGGCAGCCAGCAAGAAGAUGCUUAUGAAGAGAAGAACGUGCAUGAAGUAUAUCAGCAGAUCGCGCAUCACUUCUCAUCUACCCGCUAUAAGCCGUGGCCUAUUGUGAAGCAAUUCCUCACAGAUUUGAAACCUGGGUCCAUCGGCUUAGAUGUGGGGUGUGGCAAUGGCAAGAACCUGAGCGUAAAUAAAGAUGUCUUCAUCGUAGCUUCAGAUCGAUCUGUGAACCUUGCCCGCAUUGCCCAGAGACAUCAGCCACAUUCGACCGUAGUCGCCGACAUCCUUAGCCUCCCGCAUCCUGAUUCUUCCUUUGAUUUCGCCAUAUCGAUCGCUGUGAUCCACCACCUGUCCACCCCAGAACGAAGGAUCAGUGCCAUCCGUGAGAUAUUGCGGACAAUAAAGCCUGCCUCCGCGUCGGCACCGGGUGGAAAAGCCCUGAUCUACGUCUGGGCUCUAGAGCAGAAAGAUAGUCGGCGUGGUUGGGACAAAGGCGAUCAGCAAGAUAGAAUGGUUCCAUGGGUUAUGAAGGGCACCGCCUCUGCUGGCAGCGAGCCCCAAGUGUUCCAUCGAUACUACCACCUCUACCAAGCCUCGGAACUAGAGCAGAACAUCAACGAAGCAGGUGGCCAUGUCCUGGAUUCGGGUUAUGAAAAGGACAAUUGGUGGGUGAUCGCCACACGUCCAUGUCCCAAGUCAUCAUAAGGUGCGUGCAGAGGGUGCAGCAGAUUGUCUGAGGUCCAGCCUCAGAGAUGACGCCGUAUCACACUUGAAUGGCAUGGCAUGCAGUGAAGCCAGCAAGUUUGCUGUUCCCUAUGGUGGUCAACCAUUUAUAACUUU